AUGCCGCCGAAGCAGCGUAAGACCGCGUCGGUCAGCACCAGUGCCGUCUCGUCUGCCCUGCCAUCCAGAGUCACGUCGCCGAGUCCACCGAGACAGCCCUUCCGCUUCUUCGACUUGCCUUCGGAGUUGAGAUUGCGCAUUUAUGAGGAGGUCCUACACGUCCCUAGUCCCCCGCUGGAUUUGGGUAAGACGUUACAAGUCAGGCAUCAUGGAGCAUGCGUGUUGACUCGGUCAUAGACUCCAUGAAUUACCGCGCCGUUCUGCCUCGAAUGACCCUCUUUCGUGUUAGCAAGCGCAUGCACGAGGAGGCAUACCGCGUCUUCUAUGCCCAGACAAUUCGCCUUUACCCCUCUCCCGCCAGCCGCUUCUUCCACACCAAGAAGCCACUUCUCCAGCGUCUUCCCGUGAGAUACAGGAAUGUGAUUAAUACGAUGGAGCUGCGGCUUGGUCCGGGAUGGAGUGCCCCGCCGCGUUGCCAGAACACGCUGCCCACGCUUGGCCUGAUGGAUUGCACAAAUCUGCGGAAUCUCAAGGUUUUUGUUGAGCUCGAUCCCAGUGUGGAAGUCUUCAAUGGCUUCCGCGGUAAGAAUUCGACCAAGGAUACAUACAAGUGGUUCUGCGUAGACUUGCUUACGGGCAUCAUGGGCCAGGUGCCAAGCCUGGAGACCAUUGAGAUCGAUGCUUUCCCGGCAGUGAAGAAAGACUCAAUGCUUGUUAUUGCUGUGCGAGAGCUGAUACAAGAGCGGGGGAAGAAACUGGUCUGGGGACCACUCAGAGGUUGGGAAAAGGACGACGAUGCGCCGGGUCUGAUUGGUUUGGAGGGCGCGAUGGCCUCAAUGAGCUUGUCUAGCAAUGAGGCUCCGAGAGUCGUUGCAGCUCAGGCCUAG